AUGGUCCGCUCCAAGUUCAAGGACGAGCACGUCUUUGAGAAGCGCAAGGCCGAGGCAGAGCGCAUUCGCGCCAAGUACUCGGACCGCAUCCCGGUCAUCUGCGAGAAGGCCGACAAGACCGACAUCCCCGUCAUCGACAAGAAGAAGUACCUCGUCCCCGCCGACCUCACCGUCGGGCAGUUCGUCUACGUCAUCCGCAAGAGGAUAAAGCUCGCGCCCGAGAAGGCCAUCUUCAUCUUUGUCGACGAGGUCCUUCCGCCGACGGCCGCCAUGAUGAGCAUGAUCUACGAGGAGCACAAGGACGAGGACGGCUUCCUCUACGUGACCUACUCGGGCGAGAACACGUUCGGCUCGGCAUUCGAGGAGAUCUAG